AUGAAUAGCAUGGGAGAGGCCUGCACCAACAUGAAGCAUGAGUACAACCAAUGCUUCAACCGCUGGUUCACCAAGAAGUUCCUCAAGGGUGAUGACUCUGAGGACCCCUGCACUGACCUCUUCAAGCGCUACAAGCUGUGCAUGCAGAAAGUGAUUAAGAAGAAGGAGAUUGAUAUUGAAGGGCUGGAGUUCAUGGGCCUUUGCAAAGAGAAGUCUGAAAGUUCUUCUUGA